CACAGUUUUGUCUUUAUUAAGAGCUCAGUGAGAAGGAAUCCAGUUCCCCCUCAUACCCAGCCAAAGGACACAGCUCCCUUCCUGGAGCCCUACUCUGCUACAUCACACCAGUGCUGGGAUUACUACUCCAAGGCUGCAGACAGGAGGCUGGGCAGCCAGGGAGCGGAGGCAGGAGAGAGGGAGCACAGAAAGUUACCCUAUUUAUUCUGUACCGGUUAUUACACGGCUAGCAAGUACUGGAAACACUCAGCAGGUCCCGGUUAUUCUCAGGAUGUUGCGGACCCUCCUUCCACAUUGCAGUUUGGCGGUCUUCAUCUUAAGUUUUUCCUUCCCAGCCCAUGGGAGACCGACGCAAGGGCUCAGCGGCAGAGUACGAAGGGCCGUCUCCGAGCACCAGCUUCUCCAUGACAAGGGCCGGUCGCUGCAGGAGCUCCGACGCAGAAUCUUCCUGCAGAACCUCAUAGAAGGGGUGAACACGGCGGAAAUCCGCGCAGUGCCGGAUGAACUGCCGCGCCCCAUCCCCAGCGUCAAGAACUUUAACACCCUGCGUCUUGUGGGCGAGGAGGAAGGAGUCACCAGUCACCUGACGCAGGAGACGCACAAAGCCGUCAGCUUCAAGGACCCAGCGCCCAAGAUCCCCGGCAAGAAGAAGAAGGGGAAGCCGGGCAAACGGAAGGAGCAGGACAAGAGGAAGAGGAGGGAAAGAGCGGCACUGGAAAGCUUGCAGGACCCGCCCGGAUCAGAGCUUUGGUGGGAAGAGCUUGGCAUCAGUACGCAAUGACAAUUCAACUGGAGCUUCCACUUCUAUUGAAGAGAAUUUUAUUUUUAUUUUUUAAACGGAGAAAAAGCGGGGAGCGCAGCGGAGAUAAUUCUGGACUCACACAAUUGUUAUGUAUUUAUUUCCUGUAAAUACUCCCCCCCCCCCCGGACCCCACGAAGCGCUGUCCUCCUCCCGCCAUCUGUAAUACUGCACAGCCGCCCCCCCUUUGCGGCCCCCAUCCCUUAUUUAUUGGUUGGAUUAUGUAUUUAUUGUGUUUUUUUUUGUUUUGUUUUUUAAAUCCUUGUGCUGCUGGCAAAUCCCGUUUCAUGUUGCACUUUAUGUCCAGAACUCGCCAAGAUCUUCUGUGUUUAUGUUUUGUUUUUUAACUUUAUUUUUUUUUUUAUAUUGAAUUGAACAUAUUUUAUUAUAUUAUAUAUAUUUUUUGUGCAUGUUUGGAAUGUGGCGACUGGUGGAAUUUGUACAGAAUGUGUAA